AUGUCGCUUGACCGUGUUCAUGAGACGGAUACUUACACUAUACAAGCAGAUCCGCGAAUCUGCGCAUGGUGCAUUUGGUUUUGCCUGUCCUUGACUCACUGGUCCGAACCUUGCCUCUGGAGUGGACAAUGUCCCCCAGAGUGUUGUCUGGGCCUUGAAGCAGGCCACCCAGUGGAUACAGCUGGACUCCAACCUGGCGGAAAAGUCCUGCUGGAGAAGAAGUUGGUCAAGGAUUUUAAGGAGGGAGAGGACGGUUCCGAAGAGGAUGCUUCAGAGAGGUACACUCGAGAAAUCUACACCAAAGCAUGA